AUGACGAAGAAAAACUUUGCAGAGCUCGAGUUGCGUUUGUUGCACUUACCUGAGUUGAAUAAAGGCCCAAUCUCAAGGUCAACAACCCAACAUCUCCCACAUUCAUCGAAGCUCCCCACCGACAGCACAUUCCUCAACUCUCUCCACUCGCACGUCAACACAUGGAUCAAAGCCAUCCAAGCGGUGACCAAGCUCACAAGAGACGUUUCCUCCGGCACGGCAUCCCAAGAGAUCAACUUCUGGUUGAUCAUGAGCCUCGAAAGGGCAUUGGAGGGGAUAGAGGCGCAGCUGAGGAGCGAGGAGGUGGGGAUGGUCAUGGAUGCACUGAGGAAUGCAAAGAAGUUCCGUGCCACUGAUGCUACAGAUCUCGUGCACAAGUACAGCCAACUAAUGGAAGACUUUCCGCUCAACGACCUUCUCUCCUCCGCAGACCUCGACAAAGUGCACGAAUCACUCACGCCCAUCUUCUCCCAUCUAAACAGAAAACUCAAGCUAUCUCCCUACCCAAUCUGUCGAGCUCUUCCACUCGUCGAAGCAAUCUUACGAGAUUUUAACGACGUUCUCCUCCAGACCAUAACAACCCACCGGCUAGCAUACACACCCUAUCCCACCUUUGAACGUCUCCUCGCGAGACGACGGGGAUACAGGAUGUGGGAUGAUCUCAUUAAAGAGUUCACGAACGUUGCGAGGGAGUUGGGCACCGAGGUAUGGGUAACAGCUGAAAAUGUGUACAACGACCGUGUGUCUCAGGUCGAGAACCAGAUUAUUGCAAGGCUCAGGGAUAGACUUGGCACGGCGCGCAAUGCGAACGAGAUGUUUAGGGAUUUCUCAAAGUUUAAUGCACUUUUCGUUAGGCCAAGAUUUGCGUUCAAAACCCAGUACCGCUUCUCUGAAGCCUACCACAUGGCUCAACUGCGUGACCUUCAUCUGGGCCCGCCCCAAAUCGAACGACAACUCCUCACAUACAUGAAACACGUCAAAGACGUCCUCAGUAAAGGCUAUGCAUAA